GGCAUUAGCGUCUCAGCUUCAGUGGAAGCACGACAGCGUUUGUGGAAAACGUCAAAUUUAAUUCAAGGUUUUUUUUCUCUGUCGCUCCCGUAAAUAACUCGUAAGUGCGAAAGUGAUAGAUGCGCUGCAUCAUGACGGAAUCCAAAGAAACGUCGCGAAUUAUAACCACUUUGUUUUAAUUUAAAUGUGUAAACAUUGUUCUUAUAUUCAUUUUCACGUGUGCCUGUGAUACAUAAAAUUGGAAUUAAUAAAUUGGAUGUUUGUGCAGUGACCAUGGAUCUUCUAGGGCUUCCCGUUGUUAUGAUCGAAAACAUUUUCUCGUAUUUAUCCUACGAUGAGAUUGCAAAGAAUAGAUUGGUGUCCAGAGCGUUCAAUGAGAUCAGCAUGCGCAUGCUGAACCGCGGGUUCAUGAUGAUCGAGAGACGCCACGCCAUGGCCCUCAAGAGUGUGAAGGCACAGCUUCCCAGGAGGGAGUCGGAGAGAAGGUAUCAUCACCUGUCCCGCCACUGUGAUAUCCUGACGUCGAUAGAGACUCGCAUCUCUAUGCUCAACAUGACAUACUCCAAGUUUAUAGACAACGGACUCUGCUGUUUCAUUCCCGGAAAGGUCAUAGACGAGAUCAGACGUGUCCUCACAAUAGUAGAGACAUCCACCACGCCGCCACGAGCCCACGAAGUUCUCCAGGAGUUGAGAGACAUCUCCAGCAUGGCCAUCGAACACUUUGACGACAAGAUCUCCCCGGCCUUCCGCAAACGGCUGCAGCAGGGAGUCGUGCAGCCCACGCCUAGACCCUCGCAUGUGCUAGCUCCCCUGGCGAUCCGGCAAGAAAUGAUCCACCUGCGGCAGCGCUCCAUCCUCAACGCCAAGCUGUCUCUAUACCUCGCCUCACAGUACAAGAAGUUCCACAAACGGGUGAUGGAGUACAAGAAGAUUGCGUGGCGACAGCAGAAGACUAUCAGGGACCUUACCAAGAGGCAGCGGGAACAGGACAAUGCUAUUGCUGAUCUAAAGAAACGUAUCGAGGAAUGCGAUAUCAAGUACACUGAGCUCACACACACCAACCAAGCUGUCGGAGGGAAGGCUAUAGCUGCGAGUGCAGGUGGCGAGCCGACGUCCCCCGCCCAGCCCCUGCGGCACUUCUCCAGUCAGAUCAAGUUGGAUCUCUCCGUGCUACCCAUUGGCACGUCCAAGAGAAAUAAUAAAUUACUACCAAACAUGAAGCCGCGAAAACCACUGAUCAAGCUGCCGAGCCUAUCAGAAGACGAUUCAGAACCGCCCCCAAAGCUGCCAAAAAUGGAUGAAAGUCGUUUCAACCCCACACCAUCCACAUCCAUGGACAAACAGAGCCCAAAAACUAAAUCUCAAACCACUAUCGCCAAAAUUAGGGGCAUUGCUAACGAAAUAAGAUACCUCACAAACCUCCCAAAGGCUUACGAAGCCAAACUAAAACGCCCCCUAUCGCUAACUAGCGAACUAAACGUACCUGAGAUCAAAAAACAGAAACUAGAUUAAGGGUACUCGAUUUUGAACUUUAUCUCCUUUUGUAUAGAGACGAUAAUUGAUUCGUAAGGUAUGCUAUGCGAUUUUGAGCUUUAUUGCAUAUAUGAUGUGGUCGAGAGUUGCUUGUAUGUGUAUUGACUCAAUAAUGCGGUUUGUGUUGCCUGGUUUUGCUACUAGAUGGCGUUGGUGUGCCGUUAGGUCUUGUAGGUCUAAAUGAUUGUAGUCAAAACGUUAUGUGACUUAUGUCUAUAAGAUAUCAAUGCCUUAUAAAAAUUAUGUUAAACUUUCAAUAGGUAAAAUGCCUUCUAUUUAGUAUUUUUCUUUGAUAUAAAAAAAAAAUAUUUCUAACAGCCAUACUCAGAGUCAUUUAAUGGUUACUUAAACCAGUCCUUAGCAAUUGUUUUCGGAACAAAAUCGUCACUAAGGGAUAGUUUAAGUAAUCAUUAAAUGUCUCUGAGUACGGCAGCAAAUUUUACAAAAUUCUCAUUAGUGUUAAAGUUUGAAAUUGCUGAUGUAUGGUAAUAAGCUCGCUUCUUAUUACGUUUUAGUAGGACUAGUUACAUUUAGGGCCUAUUGCCAUAUACCAUACAAUUCCAAACUAAAGACAUUCUCUGACAAUUUAAAAAAAAAAUGGAAAUUAAAAAUAUUGUGUCAUAGUCGGGAAUCGAACCAAUGCCUGGUUUAAAAGACCUUUUUUUUAAAUGGUGAGGAUAUUACAAUUUGUAUAUCAAUUGACGUGAAAUUAUUCUUUUAAAUAGCAAAUAUUUUGCUAUAAUUAGUUUUAUUAUUUAUGUACACAAAAAAACUAACACAACCAUGUCUAAUUUAAACUAGCAUUUUGUUCUUAAUUAACAACUAAACCGUAGAAUUAUUGGAUCAAAAAUAUAAUUAUUACCAUUUUCGAGUUAACCUGUCUAAUUUCGAGCUUGACCGGAGCUGAUAAAAAUUCGUCAUUCGAAUAAUUCUACGGUAUAAAUAAACUGACAUUAUUAGUGCAUAAUUUUAUUGAAAUUGACGCUAAAAAUGUAAGUACAAGUUAAUAAUAAACAAUUUGUUAUUUUUUAUUAUUAGUAUGUGCUAAUACUUGAUUUUUGUACGUUAGAGCAUCUAUUCAUAAUAUGUAAGAUAUAUAAACUAUAUAGCGGAGUGAAAGAGAAAGUAUAAUUAUAAAAAAAACUAAAAUUAAAAA